CAAGACCCUUCCCAAUAGCCUCGUGACCUGGUUAACUAGCGUCUCGGCUGUGUGUUUUCAUCUCGCGUACAGUUUCUUAUUAUUUUACGGUGCAUCGCAUCUUCCGCGGUGUGAUUUCUUCGAAACAAUUGUGUUUUUCGUAUUUUUUCUAAAGAGGUUCGCGAAUUAGAAUGAUUUGGAUUUAUGUGAUCGGGAUUUUUUGUAUGGUUUGCGGGGGGUUUCUCAAUGCCCAACAGAUCCCUAAAACUUCGUUUUCUUGCGAUGGCAGACCUUCUGGCUAUUACGCAGAUGUGACCACAGGAUGUCAGGUUUAUCAUAUGUGUGACGGUCUAGGUAGGAAGUUCAGUUAUACAUGUCCGAACGCUACACUUUUCCAACAACGCAUGUUGAUAUGCGACCAUUGGUAUAUGGUAAACUGCAGCAGAGCUACCCAAGAUUACAGCGCUAACCUACUCAUCGGUCAAAGAAACAAACCUUUCCUGGAUAAUGUUGGAUCAAAUACAUUUUCUAGAACUCCCAGACCCGAUUUAUUAGAUGCACCAUCUAAUUUCACGGAAUUAAAUAUUGUUUACAGGACUGGUGAUAAAAAUCUGUCACCAAGAGACUUUGUAGGUGUUGAAAGUGAAGAUGAAAAUUUUACCGAUGAACCAACUUAUUUUCCUCCCAGUUACUGGUCUACCGAAAUAGGAAGACGACCAUCAACUCCCGAGCCAGAGGCGAAUAAUUAUCAAUAUAAUCGUCAGAACGUACAAACACAAAGCCGCAUUUCCAAAAAUAGAGGCAAAGCUAUAGAUUUUUCUUCUCCAAAUUUCAACGGGAACAAUUUGGUGAAAAAUACCAAAUCGAACUUCAAAGCAAGACCUUCAGUUUAUCCUCAAUUAGCUGAAGCUUCAAUACAACCCCACGAUAAUAUAGGAUCAGUACAAUCUAGCAUAGUACAAGAUUUACCAUUAGAUCUAUUACCACCAGACGUUUCUAAUCAAGAUAACAUCGGUUCUACGUUGAAACCAGCAUCAGAAGAUGAAGAUAACCGAUCGAAAAUUAAUUACAGAUCAAGAUUUAGAGCCACUACUCCAGUUUAUCCUCUUACAUUAGAUUCAACUAGCCAAGAUCCAUACCAAAUAGGAAUCCUUCCUCCAAAAGAAUCUGGUCUCAACUUCGAAUCUAAUUUUAAAGCUACUACUCCUCAAUAUCCUUCUUCUGUCGAGUCGACAAGUGUCCCACCAGACGAAGCGGGCUUAUUACCACCACACAAAGACGCGGUAUCACAAGAAAACAACAAUGAUAAAAUAAUUGUUAACUUUGAUUCUGAUUUCAAAGCUACAACUCCGAAUUACCCUACGUUCGUUGAACAGACCAGUGUUAAUCCAAUAGAGGUGGGAGUAUUGCCGCCUAAAGAGAACGGAGACAUUGCUAGCAUCAAUUUUCAAUCAAAUUUUAGAGCUACAACGCCCCAGUAUCCUCCGUAUGUUGAUCCUACCAGUCCAGAUCCUAAAGAAGCAGGAUUACUACCGCCAAAUGAUCAAAAUACUUAUGUUAACUUUGAGUCUAAAUUCAAAGCGACAACUCCUCAAUAUCCUCCUUACGUAGAUCCCACGAGUCCUGAUCCAAACGACGUUGGAUUGAUACCUCCCAAGAAUUUGAAUAAAGUCGUAUUUAAAUCGAGUUUUAAAGCUACGACUCCUCGAUACCCAACUUCUGUGGAAACUACGAGUCCUAAUCCUUUUGAUGUUGGUUUAAUAGCUCCAGAAGAAACUAUAGUUAAUUUCCAUUCGGAUUUUAGAGCUACGACACCAAAUUAUCCCACUUAUGUAGAACCUACUAGUCCAGAUCCUAGGGAAGCCGGUUUACUAGCCCCCCAACCUGACAAAUUGACAGGUUUCGAUAAUAAAGAUAAGAAAUCGACCGAUUGGUCAGUACCGUCGAAAUUCUAUCAACCACCGAUCUUGGAAUCGGAUUAUAACGUCGGGGAAGAGGAAUUGCAAGAGAUUCCCGGUAUAAAACUGUUGAAUUUUAUGAAGUCUUUCAACAACGAACAAUGGCAAGAAGUGCGACAAGCGUUCCGUAUACCGGAAUAUGAUUUUCCGUUGGAUGACGCUACUAGGCCGAGCUAUAAUAGCGUUAUCAAUUCUUUCGAACCUAGCAGAUAGUGAAAUUUCGAAUUGAGUGUUUUUAUAUAUUGGUAAACCUUAGCGUGGGGGUGAUAAUGACUUUCAAUAGAUGAGAAGAAGCUUUCCACGAACUUAAUGCGACACGCGGGUGUGUACUUUAUGUAUAUCAUAAAAUUCGCAAGACUUUGCGUUGUUGAGGUAUUUCGAAAAUAUCAUGCGUAGUUCACGGGAAGCCUUCAAUUUUUGAAUUAUUUAUGCAAUUUUCUAAAGAAAUUUCCUUAUUUAGUUUUCGAUUUUUUUUAAUUUUCGUUUCCAGACUUCAAAAUAUGUAUUGAACCUUUCAGGAAGAUUUAGGAAAUAAUCAAAUUUACUAGGUUUUCCUGCUGGAAUUCCAAGAAAAAUAGAAAGCGGGAGCUUUUCCCAGAAAGUGAUUAGAUUUUCCGUGAACCAUCAGAAACUUCGUAGAAUUGAUGUAAUUUUCCCAAGAAAUUGGGAAAAUAAACAUUGACAUUCAAUGAAAUUUCUCUAUUUUUCAUAAAUUCGCAGAAUUUUCCAGAAAUUACUAGGAUUUUUUUGGAAAUUCUGAGAAAACCUUCAAUUUUCGAGUUAUUUAUGAAAUUUUCUAGAGAAAUUUGUCAGAAAAGUGUAAAACCUGAUUAACACUCGAAAAAAACUUUUCGUUUUUUCGAAAUUUCACAAGAAUUUCCUUAUACAACUCUAUUUUCCGGAAAACUCUUUGAGAGUUAUUCAGUUUUCGAAUUUUUUGGAAUUAUUCACAACGUUUAAAGAUUUAAAUUUUUCGGAAUUACUGCGAAAAUUCUGAGACUUGAUUGAAAUUUAAUGAAAUUUCUCUAUUUUCCGUAAAUUCACAGAAUUUUCCAGAAAUUACUAGGAUUUUUUUGGAAAUUCUGAGAAAACCUUCAAUUUUCGAGUUAUUUAUGAAAUUUUCUAGAGAAAUUUCUCAGAAAAGUGUAAAACCUGAUUAAAACUCGAGAAAAACUUUUCGUUUUUUCGGAAUUUCACAAGAAUUUCCUUAUACAACUUUAUUUUCCGGAAAACUCUUUGAGAGUUUUCAGUUUUCGAAUUUUUUGAAAUUAUUCACAACGUUUAAAGAUUUAAAUUUUUCGGAAUUACUGCGAAAAUUCUGAGACUUGAUUGAAAUUUAAUGAAAUUUCUCUAUUUUCCGUAAAUUCACAGAAUUUUCCAGAAAUUACUAGGAUUUUUUUGGAAAUUCUGAGAAAACCUUCAAUUUUCGAGUUAUUUAUGCAAUUUUCUAGAGAAAUUUCUCAGAAAAGUGUAAAACCUGAUUAAAACUCGAGAAAAACUUUUCGUUUUUUCGGAAUUUCACAAGAAUUUCCUUAUACAACUUUAUUUUCCGGAAAACUCUUUGAGAGUUUUCAGUUUUCGAAUUUUUUGAAAUUAUUCACAACGUUUAAAGAUUUAAAUUUUUCGGAAUUACUGCGAAAAUUCUGAGACUUGAUUGAAAUUUAAUGAAAUUUCUCUAUUUUCCGUAAAUUCACAGAAUUUUCCAGAAAUUACUAGGAUUUUUUUGGAAAUUCUGAGAAAACCUUCAAUUUUCGAGUUAUUUAUGCAAUUUUCUAGAGAAAUUUCUCAGAAAAGUGUAAAACCUGAUUAAAACUCGAGAAAAACUUUUCGUUUUUUCGGAAUUUCACAAGAAUUUCCUUAUACAACUUUAUUUUCCGGAAAACUCUUUGAGAGUUUUCAGUUUUCGAAUUUUUUGAAAUUAUUCACAACGUUUAAAGAUUUAAAUUUUUCGGAAUUACUGCGAAAAUUCUGAGACUUGAUUGAAAUUUAAUGAAAUUUCUCUAUUUUCCGUAAAUUCACAGAAUUUUCCAGAAAUUACUAGGAUUUUUUUUGAAAUUCUGAGAAAACCUUCAAUUUUCGAGUUAUUUAUGCAAUUUUCUAGAGAAAUUUCUCAGAAAAGUGUAAAACCUGAUUAAAACUCGAGAAAAACUUUUCGUUUUUUCGAAAUUUCACAAGAAUUUCCUUAUACAACUCUAUUUUCCGGAAAACUCUUUGAGAGUUAUUCAGUUUUCGAAUUUUUUGAAAUUAUUCACAACGUUUAAAGAUUUAAAUUUUUCGGAAUUACUGCGAAAAUUCUGAGACUUGAUUGAAAUUUAAUGAAAUUUCUCUAUUUUCCGUAAAUUCACAGAAUUUUCCAGAAAUUACUAGGAUUUUUUUGGAAAUUCUGAGAAAACCUUCAAUUUUCGAGUUAUUUAUGCAAUUUUCUAGAGAAAUUUCUCAGAAAAGUGUAAAACCUGAUUAAAACUCGAGAAAAACUUUUCGUUUUUUCGGAAUUUCACAAGAAUUUCCUUAUACAACUUUAUUUUCCGGAAAACUCUUUGAGAGUUUUCAGUUUUCGAAUUUUUUGAAAUUAUUCACAACGUUUAAAGAUUUAAAUUUUUCGGAAUUACUGCGAAAAUUCUGAGACUUGAUUGAAAUUUAAUGAAAUUUCUCUAUUUUCCGUAAAUUCACAGAAUUUUCCAGAAAUUACUAGGAUUUUUUUGGAAAUUCUGAGAAAACCUUCAAUUUUCGAGUUAUUUAUGCAAUUUUCUAGAGAAAUUUCUCAGAAAAGUGUAAAACCUGAUUAAAACUCGAGAAAAACUUUUCGUUUUUUCGGAAUUUCACAAGAAUUUCCUUAUACAACUUUAUUUUCCGGAAAACUCUUUGAGAGUUUUCAGUUUUCGAAUUUUUUGAAAUUAUUCACAACGUUUCUAGAUUUAAAUUUUUCGGAAUUACUGCGAAAAUUCUGAAACUUGAUUGAAAUUUAAUGAAAUUUCUCUAUUUUCCGUAAAUUCACAGAAUUUUCCAGAAAUUACUAGGAUUUUUUUGGAAAUUCUGAGAAAACCUUCAAUUUUCGAGUUAUUUAUGCAAUUUUCUAGAGAAAUUUCUCAGAAAAGUGUAAAACCUGAUUAAAACUCGAGAAAAACUUUUCGUUUUUUCGGAAUUUCACAAGAAUUUCCUUAUACAACUUUAUUUUCCGGAAAACUCUUUGAGAGUUUUCAGUUUUCGAAUUUUUUGAAAUUAUUCACAACGUUUCUAGAUUUAAAUUUUUCGGAAUUACUGCGAAAAUUCUGAAACUUGAUUGAAAUUUAAUGAAAUUUCUCUAUUUUCCGUAAAUUCACAGAAUUUUCCAGAAAUUACUAGGAUUUUUUUGGAAAUUCUGAGAAAACCUUCAAUUUUCGAGUUAUUUAUGCAAUUUUCUAGAGAAAUUUCUCAGAAAAGUGUAAAACCUGAUUAAAACUCGAGAAAAACUUUUCGUUUUUUCGGAAUUUCACAAGAAUUUCCUUAUACAACUUUAUUUUCCGGAAAACUCUUUGAGAGUUUUCAGUUUUCGAAUUUUUUGAAAUUAUUCACAACGUUUCUAGAUUUAAAUUUUUCGGAAUUACUGCGAAAAUUCUGAAACUUGAUUGAAAUUUAAUGAAAUUUCUCUAUUUUCCGUAAAUUCACAGAAUUUUCCAGAAAUUACUAGGAUUUUUUUGGAAAUUCUGAGAAAACCUUCAAUUUUCGAGUUAUUUAUGCAAUUUUCUAGAGAAAUUUCUCAGAAAAGUGUAAAACCUGAUUAAAACUCGAGAAAAACUUUUCGUUUUUUCGGAAUUUCACAAGAAUUUCCUUAUACAACUUUAUUUUCCGGAAAACUCUUUGAGAGUUUUCAGUUUUCGAAUUUUUUGAAAUUAUUCACAACGUUUCUAGAUUUAAAUUUUUCGGAAUUACUGCGAAAAUUCUGAAACUUGAUUGAAAUUUAAUGAAAUUUCUCUAUUUUCCGUAAAUUCACAGAAUUUUCCAGAAAUUACUAGGAUUUUUUUGGAAAUUCUGAGAAAACCUUCAAUUUUCGAGUUAUUUAUGCAAUUUUCUAGAGAAAUUUCUCAGAAAAGUGUAAAACCUGAUUAAAACUCGAGAAAAACUUUUCGUUUUUUCGGAAUUUCACAAGAAUUUCCUUAUACAACUUUAUUUUCCGGAAAACUCUUUGAGAGUUUUCAGUUUUCGAAUUUUUUGAAAUUAUUCACAACGUUUCUAGAUUUAAAUUUUUCGGAAUUACUGCGAAAAUUCUGAAACUUGAUUGAAAUUUGAUGAAAUUUCUCUAUUUUCCGUAAAUUCGCAGAAUUUUCCAGAAAUUACUAGGAUUUUUUUGGAAAUUCUGAGAAAACCUUCAAUUUUCGAGUUAUUUAUGCAAUUUUCUAGAGAAAUUUCUCAGAAAAGUGUAAAACCUGAUUAAAACUCGAGAAAAACUUUUCGUUUUUUCGAAAUUUCACAAGAAUUUCCUUAUACAACUCUAUUUUCCGGAAAACUCUUUGAGAGUUAUUCAGUUUUCGAAUUUUUUGGAAUUAUUCACAACGUUUAAAGAUUUAAAUUUUUCGGAAUUACUGCGAAAAUUCUGAGACUUGAUUGAAAUUUAAUGAAAUUUCUCUAUUUUCCGUAAAUUUACAGAAUUUUCCAGAAAUUACUAGGAUUUUUUUUGGAAAUUCUGAGAAUCCUUCAUUUCUCGAGUUAUUUAUGCAAUUUUAUCGAAAUUAUGAGAAAUUUUUGCAAUUUUCCAGAGAAAUUACUCUAAUUUUCCAGAAAAUAAUCGAAUUGCUGCUAAAUUUCUGAGAGACUUGACAGAAUUCCAGAGAAACUUUCAUUUUCCCCAGUACUUUUUCAUUAUCUAGAGAUUUUUGCUUAAAAACAGAAAGUAAGUACCUAAACAAAAAGAUUCAGAUGAUUUUGAUCUUGACUCAGAAAUUUAGUCAUCCGAGAAAUUACCUGAAAUAUUUGAAAGUUUCCGAUUUUCAAGAAAUCCCUAGAACCUUCCAGAAAGUCACAAUUAUUUUCCAGAAAUAGUUCAGGAAUUUUUCGCUUAAAUUAGUUAAGAAUCGAUUACAUUUAUUAUGUGAACCUUAAGCUUUGUUAUGCUUGCUAAAACAUGUUUCACAAUUGGAAGAAAAUUGUUUCUAAUCUUAGAAUCAUUAAUUUUCAUAUGCAUUUGAAGCAUUAAAAUAUAAUAUUGUCACCGUCUGCGUAGUUGUAAGCUUUGAAACAAAAACUAGUCCACAUGUAAAAUAAUACGAAUAUUUAAUUGUAUUUUUUUAUUAUAUACGAUAUUUUCAAAAUAAACAAUAUACCUGAAAUA